AUGGACCCAGCAAUCAACCAACCUGAAAAAACAAUUUUUAGCAACAUGUGCGUUUUCUUUAAGGCCAAAUUUGAGGCUAUCACCAAAAGUGUUAGGAAAAUCGGAGAGGACGACCCGAGACGAGUCGUGCACUCGAUCAAGGUCGGAUUAGCCCUAACGUUGGUGUCGUUGUUCUACUAUUACCGUCCUUUGUACGACGGUUUUGGACAAGCCGGAAUGUGGGCCGUCUUAACCGUCGUGGUCGUGUUCGAAUACACAGUUGGUGGGACUUUGGGUAAAUGCAUAAACAGAGGUGGUGCAACAUUGUUAGCUGGUGCAUUAGGGGUAGGAGCAGAGUACUUGGCCAGCUUGUGUGGUGAAAAGGGAGAGCCUUUUGUUCUGGCUAUUUUGGUCUUUUUGCUAGCUUCGGUGUCGACGUUUACGCGUUUUAUCCCGAACGUGAAGAAGAGGUACGACUACGGAGUUCUGAUAUUCAUACUGACGUUCAGUUUAGUAGCCGUGUCGGGUUCUCGUGUGGAUGAGAUUUUGCAGAUGGCUCACCAGAGGCUGUCUACUAUUCUCAUAGGUGGCGCCACAUGCAUCUUCAUAUCUGUCUCCUUUUGUCCUGUCUGGGCAGGGGAAGAUCUGCACGACUCGACUGCCGCAAAUCUCGAAAAGCUAGCAGAUUUCUUACAAGGUUUUGGAGGCGAACCGAUUUUGGCUGCUCAAGGGGAUGAAAGUUGUGUGAUUUCUCCAAAGGAUGAUAAUAGUGACAAGGAGAAGUCAUAUCUCAAAGGAUAUAGAAGUGUGCUAAAUUCGAAACAUGUCGAAGAAUCUUUGGCAAACUUCGCGUGGUGGGAGCCGAGUCACGGUCGCUUUAGGUUACGCCAUCCAUGGAAACAAUACUUGAAAAUCGGAACUCUUGCAAGGGAAUGUGCUUGUCUAAUGGAAACACUCAUCGGAUGUGAAUCACAUAUUCCGGACCCCCAAUUCAAAAUCCAACCCGCGUGCACGAAAAUGUGUGUAGAAUCCGGCAAGGCCCUGAGGGAAUUAUCCUCCGCGGUUAAAGCCAUGACAUUCCCAUUACCGGCCACCGAAAUCCAUGUCCAAAAUUCAAAAUAUGCAUCCGACGACCUCAAGACAGCACUUGAAAAAUCCACGUUUCCCGCCAAGUCAGACCUCCGAGAACUCAUGCCAUUGCUCGUCAUCGCAUCUACACUCACCGACAUCACCAAAUGUGUCGAGCAAAUCUCGGGUUCUGUGGGCGAGCUCGCCCAAAAGGCGCAUUUCAAGAAACCGAAGCCGAAGCAAGCGAAUUUGCUCCACCGUGGGAUCGUGAAACCCAUUGACCAAAAUUUUGAUCGUGUGAAUGAACUUCGUGCGGACGAUCGCGUUGUGAUAGAAAUCACUGAUAUGGCGCCGGAUAACAAGAAUCCUCUGUUUGUGCAUCCAGGAUAG